CCGCGGAGCCCCGCGGAGGGGGAUGCUCGGGACCCCACCUCCCCCGGGAGCCGCGCCUUUCCGCGUGCCCAGGAGGCCCCGGCUCGGGCGGGCUCGCAGCGGUGGUGGCCCGCGUGCCGCCGCCCCGGGAAGUUGUCUCCGGAGCCCGCGGCGCCCGGGUCUCCUCCCCCUGCGCCCCGCCCCCCCGCCCGGAGCUGAGAUCUGCGCGCUGCCCGGCCCGGGGGCGUCGCCGCCGCCGCCUGCUCUCCGACACCAGCGAGUCUCCGCUUCCCGGCGCCGAGCGCGCGCCCUCCGCCCGGCUGGGGACCCCCGCGCACCCCCGACACGGCGCGCGCCCAGAGCGCGGGAGCCCGGAGCGCCGGGCGCCUGGGACCCCGCGGAGCCGCUGCCCAGCCCGCGGGGCUCGGCAGGGAUGCAGGCUGCGCUGUGAGCCCGGGCGCCAAGGCCAUGUCCGGCGCCCGCUGCCGGACCCUGUACCCCUUCUCCGGGGAGCGGCACGGCCAGGGGCUGCGCUUCGCCGCGGGCGAGCUCCUCAAGCUGCUGCAGGUCCCGGACGGCGGCUGGUGGGAAGGCGAGAAGGAGGACGGGCUCCGCGGCUGGUUCCCAGCGAGCUACGUGCAGUUGCUGGAGAAGCCUGGGAUGGUCCCCCCGCCGCCGGGAGAGGAGAGCCAGAGCGUCGUGCUGCCCCCCGGCUGGCAGAGCUACCUGUCCCCCCAGGGCCGGCGCUACUAUGUCAACACGACCACCAAUGAGACCACCUGGGAGCGCCCCAGCAGUUCUGGGAUCCCGGCCAGCCCUGGCACUCACAGGAGCCCUCUGCCUCCCACAGUGAAUGGAUACCACGCCUCAGGGACCCCAGCACACCCUCCUGAGACUGCCCACAUGAGUGUCCGAAAGUCCGCCGCCGAUCCCCAGAACCUGGGGUCCUCGUCACCGGGCAGAAAGCAGAACAAGGAGAACACCAUCACGGUCAACUGCGUGACCUUCCCCCACCCGGACACGAUGCCGGAGCAGCAGCUGCUGAAACCAACCGAGUGGAGCUACUGCGACUACUUCUGGGCUGACAAGAAGGACCCCCAAGGCAAUGGCAAUGUGGCUGGGUUUGAGUUGCUGCUUCAGAAACAGCUGAAGGGCAAGCAGAUGCAGAAGGAGAUGUCAGAAUUCAUCCGGGAGAGGAUAAAGAUUGAAGAAGAAUAUGCGAAGAACUUAGCUAAGCUCUCUCAGAACUCCUUGGCUGCACAGGAGGAAGGGUCCCUGGGAGAGGCGUGGGCGCAGGUGAAGAAGAGCCUGGCGGACGAGGCAGAAGUCCACCUCAAGUUCUCCGCCAAGCUUCACAGCGAGGUGGAGAAGCCCCUGAUGAACUUCCGUGAGAACUUCAAGAAAGACAUGAAGAAGUGUGACCACCACAUCGCCGACCUCCGCAAGCAGCUCGCCAGCCGCUACGCCGCCGUGGAGAAGGCCCGGAAAGCGCUCACGGAGCGGCAGCGGGACCUGGAGAUGAAGACCCAGCAGCUGGAGAUCAAGCUGAGCAACAAGACGGAGGAGGACAUCAAGAAGGCCCGGAGGAAGUCCACGCAGGCCGGAGAUGACCUCAUGCGCUGUGUGGACCUCUACAACCAGGCCCAGUCCAAGUGGUUUGAAGAGAUGGUGACCACCACGCUGGAGCUGGAGCGGCUGGAGGUGGAGCGGGUGGAGAUGAUCCGGCAGCACCUGUGCCAGUACACACAGCUGCGGCACGAGACAGACAUGUUCAACCAAAGCACAGUCGAGCCUGUGGACCAGCUGCUUCGAAAAGUGGACCCAGCCAAAGACAGGGAGCUGUGGGUCAGAGAGCACAAGACGGGCAACAUCCGCCCUGUGGACAUGGAGAUCUAGGCGGGCACAUGCGGCCCCCGGGGUCCUGCCAAGGAGAGGGGCCGGGGGCGCCAUGGAGAGGAGGUGGUGGGUCCCGCUGCCAAGUGGAGCUGCCCUCUCCCCCACUCUCCUGCCCACUGAGGAGAGGGAAGGGUGAGAGCUGCAGCCAGCCAUUCCAGAAGGGCGGCUUGGCGGCCUCACUGGGAGGUCCCCAGUGUUCCCAGGACAAGAAAGUGGAUCCACAGCCCCGCCCUUGUCUCUGAGGCCGAAGACCCCUCCCCCCAACUCCCACGUUGUGCUUGCCGUUUCGGGAACAAACUGAAGCUGGAACUUUGUGGUCCCUGCUGAGCACCGUAGGGUCAUCGCUCUGCCCAGAGCCAGCUGAGUCACAUGCUCGUGUCCCUGGAGGCCCUGAGGUCCUUCCUCCAGCUGGCCCUCUGGUCUCCAGGGCUUUGGAGGGUCAGGGGAGGGAGGUCUCUGUCUCCAAGCUAAGUGUCAGGAUCACAGUCGUGGAUAGAAGGCAGCGUUCAACAGUCCGCACUCAGAAUCCUUUGCAGCCUUCCUUCUUUAUUUUUCCCCCAAUGCAUUCUGGGAGUCCACAUCCUGGCUCUUCCCUGUCACCGUUCAUGAUCAAGAGUCUUGGGAAGAAGGCCUAGCUCCCCUCUUCCAAGACUGACCCUGCCUGGAGAGGUCAGGAUGGAACUACCUCAUCAAGCAAAUUGGCCCUCAGUCACAGUGCUGAGUCGGGUUCCCCAGUAGAUCAGGCAUCCUCUGCAAAGUCCAAGAAUCCCCAGUCCCUCUCCUCCCCCUCUGCAGAUGCUCCCUCCGCCCAUCCCUGCCCCUUUCCACACUCUAAACAGGGCUGGGUCAGUCCCAUGUGGGAGACAGGCUGGGACAAGCCUUUGUCAUCCCUAGUGGCUCCCCCUGCUUGCAUAUGCCAGCAUUGGGAUCACUGACCCUCGUAUGGCUUCCUGUCAUUGGUGGUCACUGUCCAGACUUAACAUGGCCGCAGUAGGUUGUUGCCUACUGGGCAGCGUCUCGCUACCAUGGCCUCAGCAACUCCUGCACAGCCCAGAGCCCCUCAUCAGGCCCUGCUUGGUGCCGGGCCCCCUUCCCCUUCUUCAGCUCCCAGUUCCUGGUAAGACCUGGUCUGAGUGUGACUCAGGGAGCUUUCAGGGCAGCAGUCGGGUCCUUGCCCAUCGUUUGUUCAUCUUCCCGACCACAGCAAACGUGUGCCCCGUCAUGUGAAGUCUUGAAAAAGCAGUUCGAAAGGCCCAGAAGAAGAAUAGGGACCUGAAGGAGGAAGUGCAGCCAGCAAGGGGCAGGUGGCAGCCUGCAACCCCUCACCUGAGAACCAACCCAUCUUUCUUACGUCAUCUUCCCCAGCGAUUCCUUUGGACUUACAGGAUCCAUAUAUUCCCCAGAGUGUAGAAUUCUAAGAGCACAACUUACUGGUCUUUCAGUCUUACGUAUCUGAUGAUGUAUUAACCUUGGAUCUUCCGGUGCCUCCUGCAUUGAGUCAGACCGCGCUCUCGCAGCUGAUGGUAGAGAGAAGCUGAAUAUACUAAAGCAAACCAGACUGUGUCCCUUCUCUCACUGAAGCAUCCCAACCAGAAAGGUCAGUGUGAAGGCCUUCUCCAACCAGAGUCUGUCCACUGCAUAGAGAGCCACUCCUGGCGCUGGGACGGGGCCAUGACACCAGCCACCGAUUUCAGGGUAUCCGUUCUUGGGUUCUUUAUUAAAAACAGGUGCAAGUAGCAACUGCGUUGUGGCUUAGUAAACUAAUUUGUGGAUGAUAUUCAGAUAUUCAAAGCCAAUAGCCUUGUUAGGAACACAUAUUUUAAGUGGAUAUGCUCAUUGAGUUUGCCUUCUCCCUUCUCUCUGAGGGUUCUAGCCUCCUGCUCCUCCCUGGGACCGAGGCAGCUCUCCUGCCUCUUCUGGGAUAGCCUGAACUGGCCUAGUGUGGGCCAGUCUGUUUGAUGAAAUGAUUCUUUCCUCCUCAUCUCUUCACCUCAGUCUCGGUAGCUUUUUCACAUACAUUUUCUCUUUUGUUCAUUCGUCAAGCAUUUAGCUGAAGACAAGUGCUGUGCUUAGAUCUGAGGGCAAGGUAUUGGCUUAUUUUCUGUGAUUUUGUAUAGACAUCUUUUCUUCAGGGUUCUUGCAUAUUAGUGGCCUUGGCAUUCACAUAGAGGUACUCUGUAGACCUUGGGUUUUCAGGGAUACUGUCUGUUGUGCUGACCUGCAUUCAUUUAUUCAUUUGUUUAUUCAGCAGAUCCUUGGGACAAGCCAGGCCCUCUUGCCAGUCCCUCUAUUGCCCACGUAGACAGGGAUAUGUUGACCUUUCUGGAGAAUGAGAACAUUUAACCUACCACAUUUAACCGACUGGGAACCUGUAAUUAUAAUGCAAACUACCGUCAUACGGCACUUACCCAACUGGUGGGAGAUAGACAGCAACAAGUGCUCAGUGCCCUAGUCACUAGACUCCCAGCCCAUAUCCAACUUGAAUUUCUGAGAUUUCUUUUUUCUGUCUGGUUACCCUUCACCCGAGAAUAUUUUUCCCAUUGAUUUUUAGAGAGAGUGAAAGGAAUGGGGAGAGACAGAGAGA